AGCGGGGGUGCGAUGAGAACAGAUCCCGUCGUCUCGGGAUGGACGUUUCGAUUUCAUUCGAGCCACUAUUCUCGAAGGCGGGGCAGAGAGACAGCACUGUUGACCUUCAGAAGAAAAAGAGGGAAAGACCCAAUAGAAAGAUUGCUGAGCAGAGGAGAACAAGGGAGGCAGGGAGGAAAAAGGGGAAAGAAAGGAGUUGAGAAAAGAGGUUAAAGAUUGGAGGGAGAGAAAAUCUUGCUGAGAGUGAAGUGACAGCUAGAGGAUUCAUCAAACGAGGGCAGGAACCAGCAACAGGACCAUGAGAGCUGGGCUUGCAUACUGCUCUCUUCUUAUCCUUCUCAUGAUCACAGAUGUCUGGGGCCAGCGAAAGCCAAAACCAAAGCCCGCCCGUCCACCUACCACCAAGAAACCUCCUGUUCCCAAAAAACCACCUUCCUCACCUGAACCAAAACUACAGCCAGAGCCCCAAGAGCCCACCGAUUUCCCCCCUCCAAUCCUAGGCCCUCCCUCUGAAUUUCCAGACUGUCCCAGAGAGUGCUUCUGCCCCUCAUCUUACCCAAAUGCCCUGUACUGUGAAAACCGCAACCUCCGGAAGGUCCCAAUCAUCCCACCCCGUACCCACUAUCUUUACCUACAGAACAACUUCAUUGAUACGGUAACUGCAGAGUCCUUCAAAAACUGCACCGAGCUUAAGUGGAUAAAUCUGGAAAACAACCGCAUUCGUUCGGUGGAGAAACAAGUUUUUGAGAAGUUGCCAAGCCUGCUUUAUCUUUAUAUGGAAAGGAAUGGACUGAAGGAAGUCCCUAAUGAUCUUCCGGCUGGUUUGGAGCAGCUUCGACUCAGUCACAAUGAGAUCUCGAAGAUUCCUCCUGGAGCAUUUAACAAGAUGGAGCAUCUCGCGCUUCUAGACCUGCAUCACAACAAGAUUAGUGACAGCAGUUUGGGCAAGAACAUCUUCAAGGAUCUCAAGAACUUGGUUCAGCUUAACCUUGCCCAUAACAUCCUUAGGAAGAUGCCAACUAGUAUACCGAAUAGCAUCUUUCAGCUUUACUUAGACAGAAAUAACAUUGAGGAGAUUCCGAACAACUAUUUUAAGGAUUUUACAAACUUGGCUUUUCUCAGACUUAACUACAACCAGCUCAGUGACAAAGGCGUUCCCAAAAUGGUGUUUAACGUGAGCUCACUGUUAGAUUUGCAUUUGGCCCAUAACCAGUUGACCACUAUCCCAACAUUCAACUCUGAGCUGGAGCAACUUCACCUCAACAAUAACAACAUUGAGAGUGUGAAUGGCACGGAGAUCUGCCCCAACCAUUCUCAAGACCUGGAUGAUGAGAACAGUGCACCCAGACUGAGAUACUUGCGGCUGGAUGGGAAUCACCUGAGUCCUCCUGUGCCUCUGGAUGUCAUCAUGUGUUUCAGACACCUUCACGCUAUAGUAAUAUAAACGGUUUCAGCGGCAACAACAUAAACAAACAGCUUUGUGGACCAAACUUAACUUCCGGUAGACCUCCACAUAGAAUAAAUAGAGUCCUUCUAAAGCAGAUUAUUUCUGAUAACAAGCAACAGUACUAUAGUAAAUGACCUUAUAGCAAAUCAUAACUAAAGCGUAUUACACUAAGCUAACAUAAAAUCAGAUCCUUAAAUUCUUGCCUGGCUGCCAAAUCCACACAGUGAUGAUGAGGGGCGGACAGGCCAUCUGGCAGACCUGACAAUUUCCCGCUGGGCCCACAGACUUUUUGGGCUGAUACAUCUCAUAUUAUUUUAUCUGACCAGCCCAUAACACUCAUACAACGCACAUCGCUGCCUAUUUCUUUCUUUCUUUUUGAAAUCAUUGUAUGACUUUGAGUUGGUAUACAUAGUUAAGGUUGCACAAAGAUGUGUGGUUUUUGAGACGCUAUGUAGUGGGCCAAAAUGCCAGGGCCGAUUGUUUCUCCAAGUCCAGCCCUGGCGAUGAUCCAUUCUCGCUAUAUUCCUUCGUCUUUCAGAAACCAAUAUUUUUUUGUUUUCCACAAGGUAUUUGUCCAUAUAUGUGUAUAUGGAACCGGAAGUUAACUUCGGGACAGACGCGUAACCACUGCAUCGCGCGCAUGUCAGAUGAAACCGUCUAUAGAGGACAAUAGGAAUUGUGAACAGAAACAUGCAUGCCUGAGAUCGGGCAUUCCUGUCUACUUGACUGUACUGAUUGAAUCAAACAGUACCACAGAAUAAACGCCAAUUUUCUUCAGAAAUGUUUCAAUGUGUAACCAUCAAUACACCAUAUUUAUUGAAUUUGUUGCCUUGAAUACAAUUGAGCAUGAGUAUUCUGCAUUCUGCCUUUUAAUGUUUAUAUGUGAUUAAACGCAUGCAGCAUCAAUGGCUAAAGAAACCCUAAAAAUAAAGGUACAUUAACUGACUGUACUGUGUAGUUACAACUAACUAAAAAAGUGUAAGAAGUAUCUCUGUAGGGUGGACAAGGAGAUGCGUGAACUACUGUGUAGUUGAUGAUGUCUUUUAAAGGGAUAGUUCACCCAAAAAUGAAAAUUUCUGUCCUUGUUUGUUAUAAACCUGUAUAAAUUUUUUUGUUUUGAUGAACACAAAAGAAAAUAUGAAGAGUUUGGUUCCAAAACGCGAUAAACGCCAUUUUUGAAAAAAAUGAGUUACUGCCAAAAUCAGCAUUAUAUCAGGUCAGUAGUUAAAAGUAAAUACUUAAUUUUACGCAAAAUCCAAUAUCCGCCGUGUUAUUCUGUCAUCUUUUCUCCCUUUUUUCCCAAAAUGCGAUAAACGCCACUCCCCCUUUUUUACAGAACGCAAUAAAUCCCACAGCGCACCAUUCACGCAAUGUAAACAAACAAUGGCGGCGCGCUGAGUACAUGGAGUCCUAGUUUUCCUCAUCUACUUUGUACUUUGUGAUCAACAAACAAAACAAAAUAAUACUUUAAUUGCAUUGAUAAACCUGUGAUGGUUUUCUGUGAUGGGAAAGAAACGUAAGCCAUCAACAUCUAAUAAUUUCCACGAGGGGCACUCAGGAGACGGGUGCUUGUUCUCCCGACAGCAUCAAGUUUCUCAUGCUAACACAUUGACCCCAGAGGAUCUUAUGAAUAACUUUACAUUAUUUUACUCAAAGUCAACGAAAAUCGAGCAGGACCAAAAACAUUUUACAGCUGAUCGCUGUGAAAGACGUUAAGCGAAGACGUCAAGUAACCGCAAUGACAGGGUUCUUAAUAUGACAAAGUAAGUGUUUUGAUUAAUAACAUUAAUGUUUAUAUUUUUAAUUAGUGUGUACAACUAGUCAACUAAAUGAAUAUAACAUGGCAAAGAUGAAUGCACAUUUAUAUAGGCUAUUGAUUCAAUAGUUUUAUAGCAUUUCGAAUAAAAACUUGUCAUGGAUUUAUUGCAUUUUGUGGAAAAAAUAAUCCGUUUUUAUAAUAAAUCUUUGAAAAUCAACUUAUGGAUUUGAAUUUUUUAUGUUUUUAUAACCUAAAGAUGCUGUGUGAAAGUUUGUAACAGAAAAUAGUUGUUUUCAUCUUGUCACUUUCUUGGUAUAGAAAACACGUUUUUACCAAAAUUUGUCAAAAUGGAUUUAUUGCGUUUUGGAACCAAACUCUUCAUAUUUUGAGUAAUGUUUGUAAGCAAACUGAUAAUGGGCCCCAUUUACUUACAUAGUAGGAAAAAUAAUACUAUGGUAAUACAUGUGGCUCAUGAUCAGUUUGGUUACAAACAUUACUCAAAAUACCUUAUUUUGUGUUAAAGGGAUAGUUUACCUUAAAAUUACAAUUCUGUCAUCAUUUACUCAUCCUCAUGUUGUUCUAAACCUGUAUGAAUUUAUUUUUUCUGAUGAACAGAAAAUAAGAUAUUUUGUGAAAUGAUGGUAAACACACAGCAGAUAGUGUCCAUUGACUUCCAUAGUAGGGAAAAACAUUUUUUAAGUAUUGUGAUAAAUGAUGAAGAAAAUAUUUUGAUAAAUGAUGGUAAGCACACAGUUGAUGGUAGCCAUUAAAUUCCAUCAUAUUUUUUAUUCCUACUAUGGAAGUCAAUGGUCACUAUCUGCUGUGUGUUUACCAUCAUUUCUCAAAAUAUCUUCUUUUGUGUUCAUCAGAAAAAAAGAAAUUCACAGGUUUAGAAAAACAUGAGGACAUGAGUAAAUGAUGACAGAAUUUUCAUUUUAAAGUGAACUAUCCCUUUAAAUAGAACAAAGUAAUGUAUACAGGUUUGUAACAAAAUGAUUUUUGGAUGAACUAUCCCUUUAAUGUACCUGUGUUUUAAGGUACUGUGUGCUGUACUGGCUUUAUCUUCUGACAGUAUUUCUAUAUAAAUAAAUGUUCUGUUACAAAAUA